ACGCUGCACACGUGGUUAAUUUUGUCAAAGUAAGGCUACAUACCCUACAUAUCUCGUGAAAAUUAACUUCGUCAACUAAAAUUUUAACUCAGUUCUUUACACAAAAACUUGAUUGAAGACAUUUUUAUUCAACAAGUUGGUUAUAGACAACCUCAUGGAGACUGAUAUGGAGAUUGACAUGGAGACUGAUACAAGUGAUCUGAUUGAAAAGUUCGAACAACAAACUUUAAAUGUCCAGGAAGAAAUGACCUCAGUUUCAAGCAGACCAGUUCAAUAUGAUAUAAUAAUGAAAAAAAUUAUUGAAGAUAUUCUAAAAAUUGAUCUUAAUCCCAAGAUGAGUUUCAGAGCAAGACAAAAAGUAUUGAAAGCACACCAUAAACAGCUUGUGCUUGAGUGGUAUAAUCUAUAUGCGAAUGAACCACGACUCGAAAAAAUAUGUAAAAAUAGAGAACUUGUUUUUUCAUUCUUUACUGAAUAUCAGUUAAAGACACCAUCAGAUGAACAUAAAAAUUUCGUUGAUUUAAAAUAUUUAAUUGAAUUCUGUGGAUAUAAUUUAACGUACCUUGAUCUCACAAGAUAUCCUUUUUCUGGAAUAAUGCCAUUGAUUAAGACCAACUGUCUAAAUCUCAAGACACUUUUAGUACAAUUUAAAGAAAUGAAAGAUGAAGAUUUUAAAGAUGUUUUUUCUAAUAUGCAUCAACUUGAAAGGCUAGAAGUUGAUUGGAAAUGUAAAAAAUUAACACUGCCAAUGACUUUCAUCGAGUCAUUAGAAAAAGUGAGUGGAACCUUAAAGGACUUAACACUUGCAUGUUUUUCGAAAAAAGGUAUUUUGUUACAAGAUUCAUUGGCUUCGAUGUUCCCUCGAAUGAUCACUUUGAAAUGUUUACAAGUAUAUGGUUUUCGACCGAGUCAAUCAGCCAUCCAGUUGAUAAGUGAAAUGAAAAAUUUAAUUACUCUACAAUUAGUUCCGCUUCAUGCUGGUCAAAUGCUUCAUGCGGAUCAAAUCAAUAUGUCUCCAAUUGGGAGUCUGAUAAAUCUUGAAAGAUUAAAUUUUUUUUGGGAUUGCGAUGAUACAGAUGAAUUAUUGAUUAAUCUCGGUGAUAAUGCUAAAGGAUUAAGAAGUUUACGUAUAUUUGGUACAAAUUUAACAGAUAAUGGUAUGAUCGCCGUUAAAAAAAUGAGUCAAUUGCAUUGGCUCAGUAUUUGUGAUCCUUUAGAUUCAGUAACAGCGACAAAUAAUUUUAUCACUGAUGAAUCAAUUCAAUGUUUAUUUAAUGAACAGAUACGUUAUUUAGAUUUAUCAAAUUGCUCUCAAGUUUCUAAUAGAUCAGUGGUUAAACUUUUUGAAAAUUUACCAAUCCUAGAAUGUAUAUCAGUUGUAAAUACUAAUGUUACUAUUGGAAUCGUUGAAGAGUUAUCUAAAUUUUCGGAAUUUCGUGAGACGAAACUACAUGUAUGUGUUUCCUUUCCUAUUAAAGAAUGUAAUGGUGUUUUAAAGUCAUUAUUGGAAUCACAUAAUGUUGUAUUCGUGUCUCAAUAUACAGAUUAA